GAUGGCAAGGAACCCACAAAAGAUGAAUGUGGCACAGAAGCUGGAAACAGUGAACAGGUGUAUGGGACACACCAAGAGAGGUCUGGAAGAUGGACGCUACACAAGAGGUCUGAUUAAGAUGAGAUGCUUCACAGCAGAGAAGUUGCUGGAUGAGUGGCAAGAGUCAUUCACUGAAGAAAUGGAAGACCGAGUAGCAGAAACCAGAAGAAAAAUAAAGAAAUAUCUUAAGACAGUUGAACAGGGUUACUCACCCAAAGUCGAAUACCCACAAGGAAUGAAUGUGAGGGAUGAUAUUGAGAAAGAAGAUGUCGAAGCUGACAUCAAAAAUAUAUAUAUAGGAGCAGCUGGAAGCGUGUUUGAAAAGAAUAGUUCAAGAAGUAGCAGUUGCUCUAGUGAGAGAAACACUUCCUCAGGAAAGAGAAAGAGAGAGAUGUAUGGAAGCAUAAAUGAUGAAGACGGUAUAGAAAUGGCAGCUGAGCAGGCAAAGGAUGGAAAAAAGAAACCCAUUAGGCCAGACACACAAAGCCAGGCAGAAAGGCAAAGCAUAAGCAUUUUUGAUAAAAUGGUAGAGGACAGUGACGAUGACGAAGUUGAUACUACCGCGAGAGGGGAUGAUACUCUCCCAUAUGACAUGAAUAGAGAAGGAUGGUGGAUGGGAGAAAAGGAGAAUGUAUUGGCUGAGUUAGGCGAAAUGAUAGAAAUGGAAAGAAGAGUGAGAAAAGAUGAGACAGCUCGAUUCAAAGCCAGACAAAAUGAGAAAGAGAACAGGCUAAAGGAAGAGCUGGAAGAAAGAGAUCAUCAGUUGUCUGUGUUGGUGAAAGCUACUAUAAGCAGUAGAGUAGAAAGCAUGGAAGCAGAGACAAGAAAGGAAAAUAACAAAUUACAUGAAAAAUUGGAGAUGGUCCAGGAAAAAAUGGAAAGGCUAGAGGCCCAAAUGGCAAAGAUGACAAGCGAGCAAAGAAUGGGUACGCCAGCAAAAACAGAAAGAAGAGAAAGUAUAAUCCCGAAUACCACAAUUCUGUUCGAAGGAGAGCCCGAAAUGUUUGAAGGUUUUAUAGUAAGGCACGAAAGCAUUCUGGCUAGGUAUGGCGAGGUUGAGGAAUGGGAGAAAUUUGACUGUUCUCUUGGUCUACUUUACUGGCCCCCUGGAAAGCCAAAGUCAAGAGGCAAUAUAGUAGAGUAUCUCAUGACAAGACAUGUAUUUGGGGCAAAAGAUAGUCCUUACGUAGUAUCAGCAACCCUGAGAAAGGUGUUGAAGGCCUCUCGCUUGUCAAGAGAGGAGAGGGAAGAGAUAACAAGAAGUUUUUAUGUGGACGACCUUAUAUUGGCAUCCAAUGACGAAGAUUACCUAAGGGAAGUGUUAGGGAAGGUGUUGAAGGCUCUCGAUAGCUACUUCACGCUUACAAAGCUGGCGAUGAACUCGAUAGAAAUUAGAAAGACCAUCCCACCUGAAAGGAGAAUUUAUGAUUACCCAGAAAAGGUGUUGGGCAUUAAAUAUGAAGGAAAAGAGGAUAAACUGUAUUGGAUAAUACAAAAGAAGACAUUAGAGCUCAAGGCUACUUGGAGAGACAUGUUAGGGGCAGUGGCAAGCAUUUAUGAUCCCCUUGGAUUAAUAAACAUUGUGACCAGCAAAUUAAGGCUCACAUUUUCACAACUCAGCAAAGGCAUGAGCCAUUGGAAAGAGGAAAUACCAGAAGAGAAGAGAAGAGACUGGAACACAAUCGUAGCCAGGUUGCCUAGACAAUUAAAUAUAGCUCGCUACGCCGGGAGCUCCAAAGGGUACCACAUCUACACUGACGCCUCAGAUACAAUGUUGGGAGUUGCAAUCUACUCAUAUGCUAAUGGAACCGAAAUGAUAAUGAGGUCAAAGGCCUUGAUGGUUAGACCAGCCAUGAAAACAAUGCCAAGGCAUGAGCUGGCUGCACCAUUACAAGGGGUGAGAUUGGCACUGGAGGUGAGCAAAGGGGUGGCGAGAAGGCCUGCCCUAUUUAUGACAGACUCGGAAGUGGUAUUGAGGUACAUCAAGAAUGACGAAAUCCCAAUGGAAAAGUAUGCACGAACAAGGGUGCUGGAGAUACGGCAGUACACAGACCCAGAUCAGUGGUACCAUGUGAAGAGCGAAAAUAACCCAGCAGAUUGGUUAACUAAAAUACCAGUAAAAUUCAACCAGGAAAGGUAUGACAAAUGGGCAAAGAGAGAAAUAACAAUGACACAACAAGGACAGCCAUGCAAGGUACUGUUGCUGAAAAAACCAGCCAAUAAUGAGCAGGACUUUGCAAAGUUCCUAUCCCAGAGAGAGGGGAAGGAGCUGACCAAUGUAAAUGACAUCAACCUGGAAGUAGAGAAAGCCAUAUGUGAAGCUCAAAUGGAGAUAGACCCAAAAAGACUGGCAAAAUAUGCGAUAACAAGGGGACAGGACAGAAUGAGAAUCCAACUCAGACGACUGGGGAAGAAGGAGAGCUACCUUGAGAACCCUAGGAUCUUGGAUGGAAAGUCGACGAUUGGAAAAUUGAUGGUGAAAAGGAUUCAUGAGGAAAACUGCCACGCCCCCCUGGCUAGAAUGAGAGUAAUCUUAAGAGAGACUUAUUGGGUACUGAAUGAGGUAGCUACCAUAAGACGAGUCAUUGCGGAAUGUGAUCAGUGCAGGAGGUAUAGAUCUAUAAUCCGUUAUGAGAAAAGAGGCAACAAGCCGUACUCCUUUCAAAUUGAAAAUGACCUAGAAAUAUUUAAAUAUAUUGGCAUUGACCAUUUUGGCCCCUUUAAGCUCAAACAAGGCGGCAAGCUCUAUGUAUUGCUACUUAUAUGUCUGCAGAGUAAAACUGUACAGCUGGAGGUAACAGAGGGUCUAGACACAAACUCCACCAAGCUGGCAUUGGAAAGAGCAUGGGCAAGGGAGAGGAGACCAUCCUUAAUAAUAUCUGACAAUUAUAGGACCUUUAAGGCUAUGGCUCAGGAAAAAAACCAAAUCGAUUGGCAAUUCACGGCACCAAAGGCGCCCUACCAAGGAGGCGUGUGGGAGGUAGCAGUUAAGGCAGCUAAAUAUUUGGCCAAACCAUAUCUACACAAUUGCUGGUCUCACCAGAAAUGGCAGACACUGUGGUCGCUAGUAGAGAAGGUAAUAAACGAUAAGCCAUUACAGCAGCCGCUAGAUGACCCUGACCAGAUAUUGGUAACACCCAAUUUACUAAAGAAGAGACAACGGGAGCUACGUUGGAAUGAAAGCAAAUGGAGUCAGAAGAGUUGGAACGAGAUACAGCGACAAUGGAAAAGGAUCUACCUGCAAGAGCUGGUCAGACAACAGUGGAGAACAAAGGGAGGAAGAAAGCUGCAAGUCGGAGACAAGGUCCUAGUCACUGACAAACAAAAGGCUAGGCAUAGAUGGGUGACUGGAGUAUUAACAGAAAUCAUACCUAGUCAUGAUGGAGCCAUGAGAAAGUGCAAGUUGAAUACAGCAAGGGGCCCGCUUAUCAGGGCUGCAGGAGAACUACUGUUCGUGGGAGAGGAAUUUCGUGCUAUAAGCGAAAAACAAAAUCUUAUAAAGUCUAUAUACAGCAUUUACAAUCAAUUAAAUAAUAAAAAAAUUAUGGACUUAUGUGACAAACUUUAA